GAGUGUUGAAAGCUCAGGCGCUUAAAAACGCUGUCGCAAACAGAACAAACUCGGGCAGCUCACUUCCUCAAGCUGUCAUUCCCGGUAAGCCCCUCAGCCCUGCAGUGCUCCUGACUCCUGAAUCGACACUCUUUCUUCACAAAUCCCACACGCUCUGUCAAAGGAAGGUGGGAUUCCAUUAAUUAACUUCUGACUGAGGUGGGCAAACGGAUGAUGUGAUCAAGUUCCACAGUCAGUUAUGGGAUAAAUGACUGUUAGCUUUUAGAAUGGGUGAACCUUUAAGUGUCAAGAUGUGUGAUGUCGAAACCGAAGAGAAAAUGGUCCUCUCAGAGUCCAUCACAGAGAAGGGGACACCACCUACAUGCUGCACUGUGGAAACGAAGGAGGAGGAUCGCCAUGGCAGCCAUUCAGUGGAGGUGCAGCGGAAAACAGAUGCACACCAAGGGCAGCUAAAAAGAAAUCACAAGGUCAAAGGGAAACUAAUGAGGAGUGCAGCUGUGUGUGAGGAUGCUUUACCCACUGAAUCAAGCAGCAAGGGUUCUGAGGGUGAAAGUUCACUGACAGCCAACACUUCAGAGUGUGAAGAAGAAGAACAAGAGAAAUGCAAAGACGGCAACACCACGAAAAAACCAAGCUUAUCCAAAGAAUCAAGUCUGGAGUACACGGACUCAACAGGCAUCGAUCUGGAAGAGUUUCUGAUUACUACUCUAAAGAGCAGUCCCAGGGACAGAUUGAUGCUACUGAAACUGGAGCAAGACAUGACUGACUUUAUGACAGACAACUGCUCUUAUAAGAAGUUUCCUCAGAUGUCGUCCUAUCACAGGAUGCUGGUUCACAGAGUUGCAGCGUAUUUUGGGUUAGAACACAACGUGGAUCAUAGUGGAAAAGCUGUCAUUAUCAACAAAGCCAGCAACUCCAGGAUACCAGAGCAACGGUUUGCUGAACAUGUCCAGGAGGAGGGAACUGAAGAAAAAAGGUCAAUACUAAAGAGAGACAACAGCCAGGAGAAAGAGGACAGUCAGCUGAGGAUACCACGGCUGAAGGAGCAAAUGAGGAGUAAGUCUUUCGAGGAGAGAGAAGAAGAGUAUCAGAAGGUCCGAGAGCGAAUCUUCUCUCAGGAUUCAUCCUGUCCUGCUCAGAGUGUUUAUAUUGAGACCAGAGGUCCAGAGGACUGCUGUAAUAUGUACAGUGAGACUCAAAGGAGGAGACAGCUCUUCAGGGGUACCAGGGAUGGGUCAGGCCGGCUGUCAGGCAGCAGACAGAGCAGCUUUGAGUUAGAGUGUCACUGGAAUGACCCUCGACCCUGGAGCAGCACUGACUCGGACAGUUCCACCUGGAGCUCCAAACCCUCACACUCUGACAACAAUCCCAAACUCUGCAAGCCAGUAACAGAGGCAGCAGCUAGUAACAGUUCUGCCUAUGUUCUGGUGCCAGCAGAGUCCUCCAUACUUCCUGGGACGAUCCUACUCAACCCAAACACAGGACAGCCAUAUUUGAAUCCUGAUGGAACUCCAGCUGUUUACAAUCCACCAAUGAGCCAGCAGCCUCUGAGCAAUCAGCUAAACACAACACAGCCACAGGCCCCGCCCCCUUCCCAGCCACAGCAGCAACCAGUGAUGAGCCAUUCUCUUCCACAGGUUCAGUACUCUUCUAUGACAUACCUUCCUCCACAGCAAGUUUUAACGGUCUCUCCUUCACAGUUCCACACCCCUGAGCCGAGUAGAGAGGACCUUUCAUCUCAGUUCAGUCACAUGACAUUAAGCCAUCAGUCUUUAGGAGAAACAUUGGACAUGUCUACAUACUACCUGAAUGGAGCUCCAUCCACACACAGCUAUUCACAACCUCAACAGAAUUAUGCUCCACACUAUUCUGCAGAAAACUAUAUGAGCUCAGGAAUGACACUGGCUAUGCCUGCAGCCCUGCCCACACAAACCUGUGGCCAACAGAGCAGUCAGGCCCCCAUGUACAGUUAUCCUGGUCAGUGUACCAACACAUCUCAACAGUAUGGACCAGCCAGUUACAACGCACAGACAGGUACAGGAUACGCUACUCUCUUAACCAGUCAGCAACAAGCUUACUCAAACAUGAUGGGAGCUCCAGUGUUACCACAAACACAGAAGGGCAUCAUCGGCUCCUACCCUUCCACAUCAUCCUAUCAGGUGGCCCCACAGUUGCAGUCCUACCCAUCUACAGUGUUGGUCUCCAGGCAGGCUGGGCAGAAUCAAAGUACAGGGCCUCCAGCUGGAGUGUCGGUUUACUGCAACCCUCUGAAUCAUUCUCCACCCCCACCUCUCAGUGUGGGCAUCACCUGCCAAUCAGGCAGCUGCAGAAAUAUAUGCAAUAGAACCCAGAACCAGUGUUGGUAUUAACACACACACACACACACACACACACACACACACACACACACACACACAGAGUAGCACAAUGUAGGCGAGGGUCUGAGAACCAUGAUGUCGGAGAACUGCAGCCCUAGUAUUUUACCAGUGAAAUGUCUCUCCCUCUGUUUGUCUCACAAACAGACAGAAAUAUAAGAGCCAGGAAGAACCAGUAUUUUUACUCACCAACUAGUACACACUAUGGUGUUUGUUUCAGUGUCAAUCACACUGUAGCACAACCUACAUUCAGAGCAGCAGCACAGUGCAGGCACGUCCAGCCUUUUCUGUUUUUCGCAUGCUGUUUUAUUGGAAAAUUUAUUUUACCGACAAUGACGUGUGAAUGAUAUUUUGUGCCAAUUGUGUCAGAACUGCUGUGUUUAUUUGCAUUACGUGUACUACUGCAAUGUAUAAUA